UGAUCUAUUCAAAUGAAUUGAAAUCCAAAAUCAGUUUGAAAAUAGAAAUUUUAAAAUCACAAAUUUUUUAUUGUUAAUACUAAUAGAGACAAAAAAAUAAAAAAUUUCAAAAUGUCGCAAUUUAAUUUUAUAAAUGACCUGAAUAGUAUAGUUACCAUGGAAGGAGAUUUGACAAAAGGACCUGCACCAAGGUGGAAGAAUAAAGUGAAUGCCAGCAGUAUAAGUAAUGCUAGUAUAAAUUUAUCAACUUUGAGUAUAUCACAAACUCAGAAUAAUGCUAAUGUGUCUUCAAUUCAAAUCGUUGGAAACUCUAAAACUCCUGGGAAAUUACGCACCAAAACACCAAGCAAAGUAACCAAAACUCCAACAGCCGGCGAUCGUUUUAUCCCUAACAGAGGUGCAACUAACUUCGAAAUUGGACACUAUUUGGUAAAGCAAGAAAAUCAAAAUUCUGAAGAAGAAAAUGAGACAGGGGCGUCAUCCUUUUCUAAGGCUGAAAGACAAAAAUUAAUUUCAGAAACAUUGCAAGUUGGAGAUAUUAAAACUCAAAAGAUUUUAUCUUAUCAAAAUAAAGCCCCUGCAGCUCCAGAAUCACACCAAAAUCCACUAAAAGUGGUAUAUUCAAUUAAAACUCCGAUCUCUUCAAAAAGCGGUUCUCGAUAUAUUCCAACAACAUCAGAAAGAAUUUUGGAUGCUCCAGAUAUUAUAAACGAUUAUUAUCUAAAUUUAAUGGAUUGGAGUUGUGAUAAUAUUGUUACGGUAGCUCUAGGUAAUGCUGUUUAUUUAUGGAAUGCAGGCACUGGCAAUAUUGAGCAAUUAGUUGAAUAUGAUGAAGGUGAUAACGCUUGUUCUUUAGCAUGGAUUCAAGAUGGUCAUAUAUUAGCUAUUGGAAAUAAUAAUGGAGCUGUUGAAUUGUGGGACUGUUCAAAAGUUAAACGUUUGCGGGUAAUGGAAGGUCAUACUGCAAGAGUUGGUUCAUUAGCAUGGAAUUCUUAUAUCUGCACUUCAGGAAGUCGUGAUGGAUCUAUAAUUCACCACGAUGUAAGGCAACGUGAUCACAAUAUACUAACAUUACGGUCUCAUACUCAAGAAGUCUGUGGAUUAAAAUGGUCAGUAGAUUUUAAAUAUUUAUCCAGCGGUGGGAAUGAUAAUAUCGUUAAUAUAUGGUCAACUGCAACAGAAGGUUCUGUAACCGGAUCUGAACCCCUAUAUACUUUCAACCAGCAUCAAGCUGCUGUUAGAGCUUUAGCAUGGUGUCCAUGGAUUCCAAAUAUUUUGGCUACUGGGGGUGGCACGGCUGAUCGGCAUAUUAAAUUUUGGAAUGUUAGUAAUGGUUGUUUGAUUAAUUCUGUUGAUACUAAAUCCCAAGUAUGUUCACUUUUAUGGUCAAAAAAUUAUAAAGAACUAAUAUCUGCUCAUGGAUAUGCUAAUAAUCAAUUAACAAUAUGGAAAUAUCCUUCGAUGAUUAAGCAAGCUGAAUUAACUGGGCACACUUCUCGUAUUUUACAAAUGGCAAUGUCGCCUGAUGGGAGCACAGUUAUUAGCGCUGGAGCCGAUGAAACUUUAAGACUAUGGAAUUGCUUUGCUUUAGAUCCAAAUCAGGCUAAAAAAGAAAAGUUUGCAAGUACAAAAGUAAAGCAAAGUGUUUUUAAACAAAGUAUCAGAUAGAGUUUUUAACAUAAUGCUUACAUACAGAUUAAAAUAAACGAUUUUCGUAAUUUUAAUAAUUUCAAUUCGAAAUUCAUACACAUAUAUUUAAUUGCAUGAAAAUGAAAAUUUGAAAGUGAUUUUUAUUAACAAUAUAUAAAAAUUUUUGCGCAAAGCUGACCUUCAAAAAGUAGUUUUGUUUGUAAUAAAGUAAUAAAUAUGCACAUUGUGUUGUUUAGAAAAAGUUGAUCUUGUA